AUGGACAGUGUGGUGUUUGCUUCCCAACAACUCCAGAAGAAAUGCCAGGAGCAGAUGUAUACAACAUUUGUCGAUCUGACCAAUGCCUUCAAUAUUGUCAGUCAUGAAGGCUUGUGGAAGAUCAUGGCAAAAUUUGAUUGCCUGGAGAAUUCCAUAGUAUAUGUAGUGAAACAGGACUUUGUGCUUGGUCCCGUGCUCUCUGGCACGAUGUUUUCAACAAUGUUAGACUCCAACAAGAAAGAAAAUGGCAUCAUGGUCAGUUACCACAUUGACAAUAAAUUGUUUAAUUUGAAAAGGCUACAAGACAAGACUGAAGUAGAGGGAGAAUUGGUGCACAACUUUCUUUUUGCAGACGAUUGUGCAUUAAUUGCAACCUUGGAGCCUGAGAUGCAACAGAAUAUGGAUAGUGUGUCCUUCUGUGCAGAGCAUGCCCGUAGGAAUGCCCUGGCACUUCAUGCUCAGAUGAAGAAAAACAACGCUGGACCCAUGGGUGAAACACUUUUGUGCCAACUGAGUUCAUAUGCUAAGACAGAACUGGGUUCCCAGACCCCAGAGAGUAGUCGCAGUGAAGCCAGCCGUAUCCUGGAUGAAGACAGCUGGAGUGAUGGGGAUCAGGAGCCUAUUACUGUGGAUCAGACAUGGAGAGGUGAUCCUGACAGUGAAGCUGAUAGUAUAGACAGUGAUCAGGAAGAUCCCUUAAAACAUGCUGGUGUCUACACGGCUGAGGAGGUGGCACUGAUCAUGCGUGAGAAACUGAUUCGUUUACAGUCUUUAUACAUUGACCAAUUCAAACGACUUCAGCAUCUAUUGAAAGAGAAGAAACGCCAUUACUUACAUAAUCGCAAGGCAGAACAUGAAGCUUUAGGCAAUAGCCUUUUGACAGGUCCAGAGGGCCUUUUAGUGAAAGAGCGUGAAAGCUUGAAGCAGCUGAAAUGUCUUCGGCGAUACCGCCAACGCUAUGGUGUCGAGGCCCUGCUACACCGACAGUUAAAGGAACGCAGAAUGCUGGCCACAGACGGGGCUGCCCAGCAGGCACAUACUACUCGUUCCAGUCAGAGGUGCUUGGCUUUUGUUGAUGAUAUUCGUUGUUCCAACCAGUCUCUCCCGAUGACCAGGCACUGUCUGAAUCAUAUCUGUCAAGAUACUAAUCAGGUUCUCUUCAAGUGGUGUCAGGGCUCUGAGGAGGUACCUUGCAACAAACCAGUUCCUGUCAGCCUUUCUGAGGACCCCUGUUGCCCAUUGCAUUUUCAACUGCCACCUCAAAUGUAUAAGCCUGAGCAGAUACUCUCUGUGCCAGAUGAACUGGAAACUGUCCCCAUGGAUAUGUACUUGAGUGCUGCUGAACUUCAGCCUACAGAGAGUUUACCUCUGGAGUUCAGUGAUGACUUGGAUGUAGUGGGUGAUGGAAUGCAGUGCCCUCCUUCUCCCUUGCUCUUUGACCCUUCACUAACUCUGGAGGAUCAUUCAAUCAAAGACAUUGCUGAAGCUCCUGUGGAUAUUCUGAAUCAAGUACAGAUUGCAGUAGGUGUGCCCAGGUCACAAGGAUCCCAAAAGCCUGAAGAAACCACAGUUUCUGCAUCAUUUCCUGGAAGUGGAGUGGUUGCCACUAAUGGGAAGCCAGAACAUAUUUCUAUCAGCUGAUUGUUGCUACUGAGAACAAGUUGACUUUGGGGGUGGUUGAAGUCUUCAUUUCCCUAAGAAAAAUGUGACUAUUCUUCACCAAAAGAGAGGACCCAGGCUGACUUAUUCCCGCCCCCCCUUCCCCCCUCUGGGCAGCUAAGCUGUUCAUAAAUCAUAAAGCCAGAUUGUUCUGAGAAUAGAGCAAUAACUGUCUCAACUGUGGGCUACUCUUUAAAUUGGGCAAGAUGUAUGUAAUGUUGCCUGUUGGGGAUCAGUGGAUGAGUUCAUGUCCAAGGGGAAGAAAAUAUCUUAAUAAUGGAAUCCCAAAAUCUUGACCAGGAAACCAGUUGGGUAACCAGUAUGACUUCUGAAUCUGGAAACUGGUUAUCCAGUAUGCUGUAUUCUCUUAGCUCUUCUUGACCUUUCACCAAAGUGGAGUGCAAAACUGGGCAUGUCCUACUCUCUCCAACCCAAAAGGAAUUCAGGCGUGGACAGUCUGUAGGCUCAAUCCCUUAACCCUCCAGCUUCCUGCUUCUAACCUGUCUAGAGUUCUGUAGUGGUCACCUUAUGUAAGAUAAAAUAUAAAUUCUCUGUACAGAAUUUCUAUCAAAUGCUCUAAAAAAGGAAAGAAAGAAAAUGUGUAUUGAAAAUGAAAAACAGUCUUAUUACUUGGAAUGAGAGUUGUGGGUCUAGUUGAAUAAUUCUGUGUUUAAGAGGACCACCUCUAUGAUGGGAAAAAGGGGUACUGGCAUAUGACCUUUGUGAGAAUCUUGUACUUUACAGAGAAGAACUCGAAAUACUCAUCUUCUAAACCUACUAAUAUCUAGACAGGAUCAUGUUUGUGUGUAAAUAAAAUAUUGAAACUGCUUUGGGUUGGGGGAAGGCUACGGGGACAUUGGCCUGGGGGAUUGAUUAAGAAUGGCAGUGUUGGAAAAAAUCACCCACCAAAGCAAAACACCAUAUGUUGCCAAGGAAGGAGACAACAUAACUCUACAUCCUUUCUGUUGUCUACCUGCUGGGGUCCUCCUUGCAUAAUCCUA